CCCGGUAGUGCUCCACAUCAAACGGGAGGCCGAUUGCGUAAAUCUAUUUUGCUCCGUCUCAAACUAGGUUUUCCCAAUUUUAACAGACGACGAGUGACUGCGGAGAACAUACUUAUGUCACAGUGUCAGACUUGACGGGAUAAGUACGCGUCCAUUCUGUGUUUUUGCUACAAAAACCGGGUCUUACUGGAGCUAACGUGGGAGCUAUUUUCGUUCCAAAGAGACAUCUGCCUAUACGCUAGCAUGCCAAAGGAAGCUGACCACAUCGAGGGUGGAGGAGACAAGGAGUCUGAGGAGAGCACUCAGGAAACUUCUCAGCAGACUGUGAGGAAGAGAGUCCGAACAAACACUCCCAGUCCACACAGAGGGACAGACACUCCACAAGCCAGCCCACCCAGGUUUGUGUCUGUAGAGGAGUUAAUGGAGACAGCAAAGGGAGUCACCAACAUGGCGCUGGCCCAUGAAAUAAUGGUUAACCAGGCUUUUCAAGUUAAACCUUCUGAGUUUCCUGAAGGAAGUUUGGAGCGCAGAGUGAAGGAGAUCAUGCAUAAAGCAUUCUGGGAUUGUCUUGAAGCUCAGUUGAAGGAAGAUCCACCCCAGUACAUGCAUGCCAUUAAACUGUUGGCUGAAAUGAAAGAGACAUUGCUGUCUUUCUUACUUCCGGGCCAUGGUCACCUGCGUUCCUGUAUUGAGGAGGUUCUGGAUUUGGGUCUAAUUCAGCAGCAGGCAGAGAAUGGAGCGCUUGACAUUGGCAGUCUGUCCCAGUUCAUUAUUGAGAUGAUGGGCUCUCUGUGCGCCCCCUGCAGGGACGAGGACAUCAGUAAACUCAAGGAGAUCACAGAUUUUGUGCCUCUGCUCAAGGCUAUUUUCUCUCUAUUGGAUCUUAUGAAGUUGGACAUGGCUAACUUUGCUGUAAACAGCAUCAGGCCUCAUCUGAUGCAGCAGUCGGUUGAAUACGAGAGGAACAAGUUCCAGGAGUUUCUGGACAAACAACCGAAUGCUUUAGACUACACUGAGAAGUGGCUCACAGACACAGCGAAAGACUUGAGAAAGGCUUCUUCCAGUGCUGCAUCAUCUGAUCCUCUCCUUCCUGCAAACGUCCAUAAUCAAGCAUAUUUACGACUACUGAAGUGGAACCACCUCGCAGAACCAUUCCCGGAGACUAUGUUGAUGGAUCAGGCUCGCUUCCAGGAAAUGCAGCAGAAUGUCGAUGUAUUAGUUUUGCUGUCGUCUAUACUACUCAUCGUCUACACUACCACAGGGGAAGCCAUUUCGGGGCUUCCGGGGCUCAUGGAGACGCUUAAAAACACUGUUCAUGCCAUGCUUGCAGAUAUGCACAAUCCGUCCUUCUGUCUGCAAGAGGCCUUAGCGACCACUGGGGAGAAACUUUGCAUGGAGCUGAGUCAAUGUUUAAGCCAGCACGGCUAUGCUACUUUAUCUACUGAUCAGAAAAACACUUUGAUGGGGCAAAUCUCAGCAACCAUGCAACCAGACAACACAGUCCGUAAGCUCAUGGACUCUCGAGUUCAGAAGUACCUCCUGGCAUUCCUGGAGUCCAGUCAACACAAAAACUCUCCUCCUCUGGCCGGAGGUCUUGCACCAGUCAACAAGGAACUGAGAGAACUUGCUAUUCGCUUCAGUCACCUCAUCAACUUCAAUAAGCUGGUCUUCUCUCCAUUCUACCAAAAGAUUCUCCACAAGUGUUUACUUUCAGGGGAGUGUGCCAGCACAGAGACGUAAGAACUGGUACAAAAUGGUGAUUGGUAGACCUCUAAGCUAACACUUAAAUUCUAAAGGAGCUGAGGAUAUUUAAGACAAUAGUAGCAUUACUGAAGAAUAAAAAAAAAAAGCUUCUGUCCUCAACUCUGCUUGUACAUCAUCUGUCAAGUCCAUUUUUUUUUACCCUUUUUCAUUAGAACCUUGUGAAAGGCGACAUUUAAGACCGCUUUAGUUUAAGUUGAAAAUACCAUAUAUACAUUUAGCCCUAACAAGCCAACUUUGAUAGAUCAGGUAAAAUUAUUCACUGUAUCAUAUAGCAUCUCAGCAUUAUUUUAGACUAAAAUACUAUUUUAUUAAUUCUGUUUUAUUUUAGGGUGUUUACAUUUCUACUUUUUAAAUGUAAUGUAAUAUUUUACAUAGUUUGAAUGUGAAUACGCCUGCUCUUGAUAAUCACAACAAAAGUCUAAUUAUCGAUUUACAAUAUCAGCAGUCUCUCUUAACAAUCGAUUGUAUUGUAUUGUCAUGAAAUGUUCAUAAUUAAGGUUAACUAAGCCAGUUAUGGUGAGUUGAAUUCAACGUUUACAAAUAGACUGACCAUAAUGUGCUUUGAAAAUACUCAGUUUUAGAAAUCGAGUUAUGAGUCAAACAUUUCAACAUUAAAAUACGACUAGUAUCACUUCUAAGAGAAAAUAAUAUAGUAGUAAUAUAUAGUGUCGUUCAAACUGUAGUCAAGGUAUAGCAAUGUAAAAUCUGAGUACAUUCCUCAUAGCUUUAUAGUGGAAACUCUGCAAUUAGCCCCUGUAAUAUUAUGCUAGGAGUCCACUGGGCCGGAGCCACUAUGCGCCAAUCACAUAAUCAUUGGCGCCAACUGGCACCAACUGGCGCCAGCCCAGUGGACUCCUAAUGUUACUUUUUUGGGCAAGGUAUGAAAAACUGAGUGAAUCGUAAUGAAAGUGAAUAACACUUGAUUGAAUAUCUUAUGAAAAACAAGCUAAAGUUUCACUUAAAACAACAAAGUUCCACAGUUCAAUGGAAAUAAAUCUAGAUGGGAAGGCAAAAAGUGUUAUCUUCAGUGACAUACAGUAUUAGAGCCAAGGGCUUUGUAGCACUUCAGGAGGUUUGCCACCAGCUGCUUAUUAUUAUUUACCUUGUAUUUUCCAAAAAAACUCUGCCACCCUACAAGAAUUUAUUUUGUCCACUUCCAAGAGAAACAUUUCUGCAAAUAAAGACAAAACAUUUUAGGUCAAAACUCUAAAAUGAAUGUAUCGGAAUGUGCAAACAGGCUUUCCGAUAUAACUUUUUGCUUGUAGACACAUGGUACGUUCUGAUAAAGUGCUGUUUUUGCCUUAUUUUGCACAAUUGUCCUAUUUUGACCCAAUACUGUAUCUUGGAAAGUAAAGCCAAUCUGCACUUCUGGCAUAUUUUUUUCUUUAUUAGUGACCUAAACCAAGAAAAAUGUCACUAUUUUUGUCCUUGAAGCAUUUUGUUUGUAGACCAGUGUAAUGAUGCUAAUCACGGUAGUCAAAGUACACUGUGUUUGUGCCUUCUUUCACUUAAAUCAUACUCUACAGUAUGGCAAAAGGGAGAUUUUUUUUACUUCUGCAUGUAGAAUCAGAAUGCCAUAAUGCUGGGACAUGUAUACAGUGCAUGUUCCGAUUCGAUAUACUAGAGAAACUGAUAAUAUGUAUUAAUUUAUGUGUACUGUAUGGACUGAACUUGAAACUGAAGCCAGGGAAAUGCAACAAAAUGGAGAACAUAGACGUGUAUUCAAGGGUCAAAUUGGAUGUUCAGUACUAUAAAGUUGUACAUGUUGGUAGGCCAUUUGGCAAACAAAUUCAUUAGCUGAAAAUGACCAACUCUAACUAACCGACAGUAUGUAAGGGAAACUAAAAUAGUAUUGUGGACCAAGUUUAACCAUUUUGUGGUAAAGAAUUCCAUAGACAAAUAACCAUUCACACAGCCUAGCAUGUUUUUGUGAGGAUAAGCAGUAGAAAAUGAAUGAAUGAAUGAAUUCCAUGGAUGCAUUUCUAUGAAAGUGUUUAUAAGAUGUUUAAAAUGAUUGCUUAUAAUGGUUUGCUUUGCUGUUGAGUCUAACACUCCUGACUCAUUCACACUGACAAUUACACAUCUAUACAAUAUGUUGUGAAUGUUCAUUUAAUGUGUCAAUAAAGCUCUGUACAUCCAAGUUACUAUGGUACCCAUUAUGUCAUUGUAUGGUCAUAUCACCUCGUAAAAAAUAAAACUAUUAGGAAAGCAGGAAGUGAACAAAUGUAACAGUUACUGAUUGUAAAAGCACCAGAUGGAGGGGUAGGAUUUAAUAAGCUUUGCUUCUUCCUACUACUUUUGGACAUGUGGAACUGUGAACAGAUUAUGUGAUGCAUUCAAUUGUAAUCUGAUGCAUGUUCAAAUGAAAUUAAACCAUUACCAUUACCAUUA